AUGGACCAAAAGACCACAGUCACCCUCCUUGAGCUUGCUGCAAAGAGUCUGCUGAAUAAUGAGCCUGCAGCUAUCCAUGCCCUGGACGAAAUCCCAAGAGACCUCUUUGUUCCAUUGUUCAACGCUGCCUUCUCCGGUGGGCAUAAGAUGAUCCUAAAGGCAAUGGUGAGGGUUUGGCCUUUUCGCUGUCUCCAUAUUGGGUCAUUGAACACACGGGAAUCAUACUAUGACAUCUUGGAAGCCAUGAUUGAUGGUCUGCAGAUCCUCUCUGCCCAGAACUCUUCCUCUUGUAAGAUUCAGCAGAAUGUUGGGUCCUUGCACGUCUGCUGCAGAGAUUUGCAAAUCGAUAGAAUGUCUGGGCACAAAAGUAUCCUGCAGUUUCUGGAUCUGGGGUGCAUUGAGAACCUGGAAGUGGAUCAGGCUAAUCUGAGUGAAGUCAUCACCCUUUUGGCUCAGGUGAUCCACCUGAACAGCCUUACUCUGUGUAACAUCCCCUUUAAAACUUAUAAUAGAAGGAAAUUCAGAUCUUUUCUCCUCUGCCUUGGGCGGCUGGACCAUCUCCAGGAGCUCAGCUUGUCUUUCUUCUGCCUCACAGAUCAACUGCACAAACUGCUCAGAGUUGUGCCACCUCAGUUGGAUUCACUGUAUCUACCUCACUGUCACCUUUCUCACAGAGAUGUCACUGUCCUGUCCCAGAGCUCUCAGGCCACCCACCUAAGGGUAUUGAGUCUCAGUAACAACCACAUCUUCUCAGAAGUUUAUGAGCCCUUCCAGGCUCUGCUGGAGAAGGUCUCAAGCACCCUGCAACAUCUGGUGAUAAACAAUUGUAUGAUAACUGAUUCUACUCUCUCUGCCAUCCUCCCAGCCCUGAGCCACUGUACUCAGCUCCAUGUCCUUAGCUUUGCCUUCAAUCCCAUUACAAUGCCUGUGCUCAAGAGCCUUCUGCAGCACUUGACUUCCUUGAUGAAGCUGAAGCAUGUGAUUUAUCCUGUCCCUGUCCAUUGCUACGAGGAAUGGAUUUUUCAUGACCGUUUGGACCGACAGAAACUUGCUGAAGUUCAGGCUCAGUUGGAAGCGAUGCUGCACGGGGCACAGAGGAACGACAUGAAAUGGGUCAGUUGUUCAGAGUGA